UCCAACAGACUGGCGGCUUCACCUGUCCGUUCGAUGGAUUCGCGAAUUUUGAAUUUAGAAAGUUAACUUUUUAUUCCGGCACAAGUUUAACAAGGUUGGAGGUGUAGUCGACUGGCCAGUCGCGUUUUGUGUGUCAGUGUAUGUACACGUACCAGUUUUACGGAGGUUUGUCAAGUGUACGAACUGUUUAUAUCUCCGCGCGUCUUGUGAGAAACGUAAACUUUUUCAAAAAAGGAAUUUUCCUGAAAGCAGGUGUGUGGAGACAUGGCUGCGACCAAGUAUUUGCAUCCGUUCCUCCGCGGCCUGAAGCCGUUGCCAGAAGGGCACGAAGACGAGCUGCAGCAAAUUAGAGAGUGGAUGAAAAGCCAACCCCACCUGCCACACAUACCUGAUGAGUACAUAUUCCUGUUCCUGCACUCCAACUAUUAUAAGCUAAAGGAGACGAAAGACACAAUCGAAUGCUACUUCACGUUGCGCGCCAACACGCCGGACUUGUUCACCAACAGGGACCCCCUGACGCCGAAAAAUAAAACCAUUAUGGAUAUAACACACAUGGUGGCUCUUCCCAAUAAGACAACGGAGGGUUACCACGUUCUUCUAUACCGUCUCGCUGACUUCGACUACAGUAAACUGAACUUCGCGGACGCUGUCCGUGUGUUUUGUAUGUUUAAUGACGUCAAGUUAUCUGAGGAUAACCUCUCUGAAGGUUAUAUUGUCAUCUUCGACAUGAAAGGCUGUAGUCUUGGUCACCUGACCAGGGUAACGCUGCCUGCCUUGAGGGCGUUCAUGCAUUAUAUUCAGAACGCCCAUCCCUGUCGUCUUAAGAAGAUCCAUGUGGUCCACACGGUCUCUUUUAUCAACCAAGUAAUGUGUCUGGUCAAACCGCUAAUACAUUCGAAUCUGCUAAAUCUGCUAAACUUCUCAUCGGAGGGCCCAGAAUCCGUGGUGGAUAAGGAACUGCUGCCAGAAGAUUUCGGUGGACCAAUUAAAUCAGUAAAGCAACUGCACGACGAGCAACGGAAGAAUAUGGAAGAGAAUUACAGGGAUUGGUUGAUAGAAACAGAGAUGUUCAAAGCUGAUGAAAAGAAAAGGAUAAAGAAACCUAGUAAAGGCAUGUUUGCUAGCUUCACGAGCAGUUUCAAGAGUCUGGAUAUCGACUGAUUUGGUUUGGUGUAGAUGCGCUUGGGACCUGAUGUUUCUUUGUCUAUGCCUAUUUCGUGGCUCCUUUAGAUGUAAAAAAGUAGCCAAAGGGUUUCUAGUUGUUUCUUUACUUAGAAUUUUUUUUAAGCUAUUUUUGAUAUAAGUCUUUAGAACAUAACAAAACAGACCUAAUGUUAUUCUUGGCUAGUUUUAUUUAAAGAGGCUGAUUUACUUCUAUUUUGGAAUCAAUGUUAUUUUCCGUUUUUAUUGGCUUAUUGUUGACAAACAGUUUGCCAGGUUCCAGAACAAUAACAAAACAACAUAUUUUAGCAUCUCUUAUGUCUAUGAUUUUUAAAGUUACUUGACUGUCAGCAACGUGAAUAUAAAAAUAUUUUGUAUAGUCCAAUAGUUAAAUGUAUAUAAUCUUUAUAGUUAUUAAUAGGUGUGCAGGUUGUGACGCUUUCACAUGUAAAUAUUGUUUUUAUAUUAAGGUAUUAUGAGAAUAUAUUUUAUAAAGAUUUUAUACUUUUUUAUAUGACUAUUGAAUAUAUGUUACUUCUAUGACGGACUAGGGUGGAUUAUUGGCGUCAGAAAUUGGUAGAAAUAACGAAAUCAAAAAGUAAGGAUUUCUUAUUUAUCCUACGAAUGGACAAUGUAAAGAAUGUAUGUCAAGAUACCAUCCACAAUAGACGACUUAGGUUAGUGGCUCGUUAUUUUUAAUUGGAAUCUUUUCAAUCGUAAUUGUGAUGGUUUUUCAUAACUUUAUAAUUUUGGUAAAUAAGGGUUUUGCUUUUAAAAUUGAUUGAUAUAUUCUUUCUGCACUGGCGUUAUACGUAAUAUUGCAAUGAUUACUUUCUCAUUAAUAGAAUUAAAGUUUUUUCGCGUAUGGUGUCCAGGGAUUUGUGGCAAUAUUUAUGUAUUAGAUACCUACGAUUUUUUUACUGCGUCUGAAUAGAUGUGUGUUACCGGGGUAUAUCUAUUUAAAGGAUGGUAAUCGGUUAAAGGAUACAGAAGUUCAUGCGCUUCAACGCCAUGAUAUAAUGGCGAGUUAUUGUAAGUGUAUACCAUGGAAAUCUCCAUGCAAUGCACUUAGAUGUGCAAACUAAAAUGGUGAUCAGUGAACCGGUGUUGGAGUUUAAUCUUUUAAAUUGACGAAGGUAUAUUCAUAUACUUAUAUAGAUGUUAUGUUAUAUCAUUAUUAUAUUAUUAAUAUCUAUUUAUGUUGGUUACCACGGCUUUUUAGAAGUGUCUAUUUGAAUUUAUUAAGGGCUAUGUUGGGAUACUAAUGUCUCGCAAUAUUAUGCGAAUUAUUUACUUAGCAAUACGAUUUUUUUGUAUGUUAUCACAAAUGUAUCGCCCAAACUUACGUUUGUAUCUAUAUUUCAUUUUUGUACAUAGUCAAAUAAAAACUUUUCCAUA